AUGGCCCAAUGGAAUCAGCUACAGCAGCUCGACACACGGUACCUGGAGCAGCUUCACCAGCUGUACAGUGACAGCUUCCCAAUGGAGCUGCGGCAGUUCCUGGCCCCUUGGAUUGAAAGUCAAGAUUGGGCUUAUGCAGCCAGCAAAGAAUCACAUGCCACUUUGGUGUUUCAUAAUCUCCUGGGUGAGAUUGACCAGCAGUACAGCCGCUUCCUACAAGAAUCAAAUGUUCUCUAUCAGCACAAUCUGCGAAGAAUCAAGCAGUUCCUUCAGAGCAGGUAUCUUGAGAAGCCUAUGGAGAUCGCCCGAAUUGUGGCCCGGUGCCUGUGGGAAGAGUCCCGCCUGCUCCAAACUGCAGCCACUGCAGCCCAGCAAGGGGGCCAGGCCAACCACCCCACAGCUGCUGUGGUGACAGAGAAGCAGCAGAUGCUGGAGCAGCACCUGCAGGAUGUUCGGAAGCGAGUGCAGGAUCUAGAACAGAAAAUGAAAGUGGUAGAGAAUCUCCAGGAUGACUUUGAUUUCAACUAUAAAACCCUCAAGAGUCAAGGAGACAUGCAAGAUCUGAAUGGAAACAACCAGUCAGUGACCAGGCAGAAGAUGCAGCAGCUAGAACAGAUGCUAACUGCCCUGGACCAGAUGCGGCGAAGCAUCGUGAGUGAGCUGGCGGGGCUUUUGUCGGCCAUGGAGUAUGUGCAGAAAACUCUGACGGACGAGGAGCUGGCCGACUGGAAGAGGCGGCAACAGAUUGCUUGCAUUGGAGGCCCUCCCAACAUCUGCUUAGAUCGCCUAGAAAACUGGAUAACCUCAUUAGCAGAAUCUCAACUUCAGACCCGCCAACAAAUUAAGAAACUGGAGGAGUUGCAGCAGAAAGUUUCCUACAAAGGGGACCCCAUUGUACAGCACCGGCCAAUGCUGGAGGAGAGAAUUGUGGAACUCUUUAGAAACUUAAUGAAAAGUGCCUUUGUGGUUGAGCGGCAGCCCUGCAUGCCCAUGCAUCCCGACCGGCCACUAGUCAUCAAGACCGGUGUCCAGUUUACUACCAAAGUCAGAUUGCUGGUCAAAUUCCCCGAGUUAAAUUAUCAGCUUAAAAUUAAAGUGUGCAUUGACAAAGACUCCGGGGAUGUAGCAGCUCUCCGAGGAUCCAGGAAAUUUAACAUUCUGGGCACAAACACAAAAGUCAUGAACAUGGAAGAAUCCAACAACGGCAGCCUCUCCGCAGAAUUCAAACACUUGACCCUGAGAGAGCAAAGAUGUGGGAAUGGGGGCCGAGCCAAUUGUGACGCCUCCCUGAUUGUGACCGAGGAGCUGCAUCUGAUCACCUUUGAGACUGAGGUGUAUCACCAAGGCCUCAAGAUUGACCUAGAGACCCACUCCCUGCCAGUGGUGGUGAUUUCCAACAUCUGUCAGAUGCCAAAUGCCUGGGCGUCCAUUCUGUGGUAUAACAUGCUGACCAACAACCCCAAGAACGUGAACUUUUUCACGAAGCCCCCGAUUGGAACCUGGGAUCAGGUGGCAGAGGUGCUAAGCUGGCAGUUCUCUUCCACCACGAAGCGAGGGUUGAGCAUCGAGCAGUUGACUACGCUGGCAGAGAAACUCCUAGGACCUGGUGUGAACUAUUCAGGGUGUCAGAUCACAUGGGCUAAAUUUUGCAAAGAAAACAUGGCUGGCAAGGGCUUCUCCUUCUGGGUCUGGCUGGACAAUAUCAUUGACCUUGUGAAAAAGUACAUUCUGGCCCUUUGGAAUGAAGGGUACAUAAUGGGCUUUAUCAGCAAGGAAAGAGAGAGGGCCAUCUUGAGCACCAAGCCCCCAGGUACCUUCCUGCUGAGAUUCAGUGAAAGCAGCAAAGAAGGAGGUGUCACCUUCACUUGGGUGGAGAAGGACAUCAGUGGUAAGACCCAGAUCCAGUCGGUGGAACCAUAUACUAAGCAGCAGCUGAACAACAUGUCAUUCGCGGAAAUCAUCAUGGGCUAUAAGAUCAUGGAUGCUACCAAUAUCCUGGUGUCUCCACUGGUCUAUCUCUACCCCGACAUUCCUAAGGAGGAGGCGUUUGGAAAGUAUUGUCGGCCAGAGAGCCAGGAGCAUCCUGAGUCUGACCCAGGUAGUGCUGCCCCCUACCUGAAGACCAAGUUUAUCUGUGUGACACCAACGACCUGCAGCAAUACCAUUGACCUGCCGAUGUCCCCCCGCACUUUAGAUUCAUUGAUGCAGUUUGGAAAUAAUGGUGAAGGUGCUGAAUCCUCAGCAGGAGGGCAGUUUGAGUCCCUCACAUUCGACAUGGAGCUGACCUCAGAGUGCGCCACCUCCCCCAUGUGA